GUCACCAACCCGGAAGCAAACUUCGGAGAAAUCAUCACAAUGGGAAUAACUAAACUCGCCGAGUUGAUCCGAUCUGACGUUCCUGAGGCGCUUUCGCACAAAGAUAUCAGUGACUAUUCAGGAAAAGCCAUCGCCCUGGAUACGUCCAUUGUUCUACACCAGUUCCGUGCUGCAAUUCCCUCCACACUGAAUCCCUUGAUGGGUCUCUUCUACCGCACAAUUGGCUUCCUGGAACAUGACAUCAAGCCUGUCUUUGUGUUUGACGGAAAGCCUCCGGAAGAGAAGCGCUUGACUCUUGAGAAAAGAGCCAAGAAUGCAGGCUGGGGUUCUCCCAAACUCUCGAGCACAGAAUCAUCCCAUAUCCAAGACUGCCAGAACCUCCUGAAGCUCCUCGGGGUCCCUGUGGUUCAGGCUCCAGGGGACGCUGAGGCACUCUGUGCGUGGCUGGUGAAGAAGGGCCUGGUGCACGGUGUGGCUUCAGAGGACAUGGACACGCUGCCGUUCGGAGCUGCGGUUCUGAUUCGUCAGUUUAACGCCAAUAAAUUCGGAGAAAUCGUUGAAUACUCGCUGGCAAAGCUGUUAGAGAAGCUUCAAAUCACUCAUGAAGAAUUUGUUGACCUGUGUAUCUUGCUGGGUUGUGACUACUGUGAGAAGAUCACUGGCUUUGGUCCUAAACGCGCUCUGACUCUGAUCCAGAAGCACCGCACUAUAGAGAAUAUAGUGCUGCACAUCAACCAGCAGACUCAUCCUGUUCCAGAGUUUUGGAAGUACAAGGAGGCGAGGGAUUUAUUUUUGGGUCUUCCAGAAACGGAACCUCCUGAGUUAACCUGGAGCGAACCUGACGAGGAAGCUCUGGUUCAGUUCCUGUGUCGCACCAAAUAUUUCAAGGAGGACAGAGUGAGGAAUCGGAUGGAAAGAUUCCGGGAGGUGCGAGAGUUCAGGCGGAAGGAGAGGGAGAAGGCCAGAGCAGCAGGACCCAGCAAGCAGACUCACAUGGAGGACUUCUUCAAAUGCACCAGGAAGAGGACUCAGCCUUUGGAAAACGCAUCUUCAACAAAACGAACCAGAAGUUCAAGUGAGAUCACCAGGCCCACCAUGGACACCUGCUGAUCUCAGUGGGGUGGAGAGACAGAAAGUCACUUUAAACCUUGACGAGUAAUGAAGCGCCACUGCUCUCAGAUGCGGCGACCCGUUUGGAAAACCCAAAUUCUCCACAAUGCAAUUCACACGAUCAUGUUUUCAGCAUCCCGCAGUUUCCUGUUAAGCCACUAAAAAGCUGGGCGGCUGUGAAAGAGAACAGUGCGGUCAGUGUCACGGGGGCCGUCCUUCAAGCCAAGCCAGAGACAGGGGAUGUCUUAUGACUGCAUAUUUAAUGUGCACCUGUUGGACAUUCGAUGCCAAGCCCAGAGGCCCAAGACUUGAACAUUCACUGAAGUUGAACCAAUGUUUGAGGUGUUAGAAACCGUUUUUUAUUUUGUUUUAUUACAUAAUGUUAUGUAUUUUUGUAUUUGUAUUAUCGUAUUUCUAUUUGUAUUAUUUUAUGUACAUAAUCAUGGUUGUAAUAAGGAAUGUUAUAUGUCCAAUCAUGUGUACAUUCAAAAAGAGACAAAAAAGCAAGAACUUGUAAUGUGUAAAUGAAGUAUUUCAUUCACAACUUGUGUUAAUACAUUCAUUAUCAAUGGAGCCAUGAGUGUUUGGAAAUCGAUAUAUAUAUAUUUUUUAUUAAGUUACCAUAAUAUAAAGUAAAAAAUAUUGGAAAAACUGAUCAAUGUCAGUGCUUCUUUA